GAAUAUGAAGCAUGCCGUGCUCUCAAGGCUCAUGCUGCUACAGAGCUGCUUGUUGGCUGUGUGCUGGGUAUAGUGUUCUAUCGGAUUAGGACAUCACAUUCCCAGCCCUGACAGAGCCUUUGUUCAUUAUAUUUAUAGCUUCUUCUGGUCAUUGUUGAGCAGAGGAGAUUGCCCUGCCCUCUGGCCCUUUCCUAAGAAGAUUUUGGGCAGAAGCUCCUCUCAUGUGGCACUAAUUGAAAUGAUUGGUGGAGGGGGUGUUGUGAGCUCACUGUGCCUGACUCAGGCUUAUCUGCCAGGGGCUAAGCAAGAGGAGAAAAAAAAGCAAAGCUUUGCCUCAUCCCAGUGAGGCUCAGGGCUUCUGGCCAUCUGUCCUCAGUUGGAAUCAGGAGACACAUAGAGGGACCGCACUCACUGUGACCGUGCAGAAGAAAGAGCAUUGUUCAGGAACUCUGGCUGGGCUUUUAGCGGAGGUGAAGGGGAGAGUACAGCACCUGGAUUUUAAAGUGGCCUUGCCCUGUUCCUAGAAGUGAAAAUUAGAGUUGCAGACUGAUUAAACAAGAAGAGAGCAGUCUGUUGCCAGGAGUCAGAGAAGUCCCCAAAAUGAACGCCAACGAUUCAAAUGCACCAGAGGGGGGUCUUAAUGUCACAUUGACCAUACGGUUAUUAAUGCAUGGAAAGGAGGUCGGUAGCAUCAUUGGGAAGAAAGGUGAGACGGUUAAGAAGAUGAGAGAGGAGAGUGGUGCACGAAUCAACAUAUCAGAAGGGUCCUGCCCAGAAAGAAUUGUAACAAUAACAGGACCAACAGAUGCAAUUUUUAAAGCAUUUUCAAUGAUUGCACUAAAAUUUGAAGAGGAUAUCAAUGCUUCCAUGACAAACAGCACAGUAACAAGCAAACCACCUGUAACUUUACGACUAGUUGUGCCUGCAAGCCAGUGUGGCUCUCUUAUAGGGAAAGGAGGGUCUAAAAUUAAAGAAAUCAGAGAGUCCACAGGUGCUCAAGUUCAAGUAGCAGGGGACAUGCUGCCCAAUUCAACAGAGCGUGCGGUUACUAUAUCAGGAACUCCUGAUGCCAUCAUCCAGUGUGUUAAACAGAUCUGUGUUGUCAUGUUAGAGUCGCCGCCAAAAGGUGCCACCAUUCCUUAUCGCCCAAAGCCUGCCUCUGGACCUAUUAUUUUUGCUGGAGGCCAGGUAAGAGCGGACACCAUUUUGGCCUCAGCUGGAAAUCACGCCGUCUUGGCCCAACCUCAACCAACACAUGCAUUUGCAAUUCAGGGGCAGUAUGCUAUUCCACAUCCAGACUUGACCAAGCUUCACCAGUUGGCUAUGCAGCAUACCCCUUUUACUUCCCUUGGGCAGACCACCCCUGGUUUCCCUGGACUGGAUGCCACUUCUCCGACCAGUUCCCAUGAACUUACCAUUCCAAAUGAUCUAAUAGGCUGCAUUAUUGGCCGACAAGGCAGCAAGAUUAACGAAAUCAGGCAGAUGUCAGGGGCACAGAUCAAGAUUGCAAAUGCUUCAGAAGGCAAUGGCGAAAGACAAGUCACAAUCACAGGAUCUCCAGCAAAUAUCAGCUUAGCACAGUACCUCAUUAAUGCCAGCUUAGAGAUGGCUAAACUGAGCACCCAGACUGCUUCCGUCACGACCCCUGUUGACCUCAACAUGAACCUCUCUCAGUCUACCACCCCUUCCUCCACCCCCACCUGUAUGGCUAUGUUGGCGGCAGCUGCUGCUGCCUCCGUGGUUAACGUCAAUUCCCCUCCCCCCCUACCAACUUUACCGACCACCCACUAUGCUGUUCCUGUCUCCAGUCUGCUUGGCAUGAAAACUGUCCCACUCCUGGCAUUAAAUGCAGCGGCCACUGCGGGGGCCACUGGGAAUUUACCUGCUUAUACUGCCAAAAUUCCAUCGACGAGUGGGGUUAAGAAAUCAGACCGACAGAAGUUUGCUCCAUAUUGAAGGCAUGAAAGCAAAGCUCUACCAAGAUUGUGUGGUAGAUCAUUCUAAAGGAAACAAUAUGGCAUUCUUAUUUUAUGUUUCAUUUUUUUUUUAUGUUAAAUUG